AGGAGGUGUAACGCACCGUCUGCUCCUCAUGUUCUGAUCUUUUCAUGAUGGUGCAGAACUCUCAUUUAAUCACCGCCUGUUGUUGUGGGAAAGAAGCAAACUGAGGAGGUUUAUUUCCCUGAUCACGAGCACAGACAUCAUCGGACACUUUCCCUGCUGUUUUCAGAGCUUUUUUCAGUUUGGAUCAGGAUCAUUCAUCUCACAAUUUUCAGGUAAUCGAUCGCCCCCCCCCCCGCCGCCACCCUGAAGUUCAUUGUUAUCAUCUUGGCCGCCGGGAUGGUGGCCUUCAUCGGAGCGGUUAUCUGCAUCAUCGCGGCCGUCCACACCGGCUCCUCCAGGGCUGCCGCGGCACAGCAGCAGCCUACGACCGACAACCACUCGCUGUAUCCGGACGUGGUGGCGCAGACUCCCGGGGGCUCCGCGGCCAGGCCCGGGUCUCUGGGCGCUCUCCAUGGUUCUGAAACACCCGAGUCGGUGGCUCCCACUUUCAACAUGGGGCUCGGUGGACCGGGGGGGGUCACCGGGCUCACCGGACACGACCCGGCGGUCAGCAGACUGAUCUGCACGCCGAUCCCCGCCGGGGACUGCAACCCGAAAAACUUUCAGCAACAAGCGGACGACCCGUCGCUGUACGCCGGCGAGGAUUGGGGCUACCUCCGCACCACCGCGGAGGAGCUCCGGCAGACCGUCCUGCAGCAGAAAGACCAGAUACUGACCGACCAGAGGACCAUCCGAGAGCUGACGGGGAAACUAUCCGAGUGUGAAAAGGGGCUGGACGGCGCGGAGAGACGCGGGAGCGCUGCUGGGCUGUGGGGCGGCACAGGCGCGGCGGAGGGGACGCACCUGGAGCGGAUCAUGGUGCGGGACAGCCCGGCGUCUGCGCCCGACGGUGCCCACCUGCUCACCGCCAGGGCUGUUGAUGAGCUGGAGCAGGCGAUCACUCAGCUCAAAGACCGCAUAGAGAAACUGGAGUCAGACAUUGGCCCAUUUCCUCACAACCAGACGGACGGCAGUAUUUCAGGAGCGCCAGAGGAAGGCGGGAUGUCUGGCGGCCAAGAGAGGUCGGCAGAUCCCGGGCACAAAGCUGGUGCUGACAGGCCCUGGAGGAUGGAAGACUUGGAGGGAGAGCUGGAGAGGAAGGUGGAGCUGCUGGAGAAAGAGAGAAAAGCCCUCAGGCUGGAAACUGAGAAACACAGGCAGGAAAUCGACCGAGGCCUCAGUAAACUGCAGCACCGACUCUCAGGACUGGAGGAAGGUGUCUCUGGACAUUCCUUCCCUGACGGCUACAGACUGUCCUUCCCAACACGGACAAACUACAUGUACGCUGCUGUGAGACACUCCAUCCCGAAGCUGCGGGCCUUCACCCUCUGUCUGUGGCUGCGGCCCACAGAGGGAGGCAUCGGGACGCCUCUGUCUUACGCUGUCCCCGAGCAGCCCAAUGAACUGGUGCUGCUGCAAGGCCUGCACACCCCCACAGAGUUACUCAUCAAUGACAAGGUGGCGCAGUUACCUCUGAACCUCACCCGAGGCAGCUGGCAGCACAUCUGUGUGAGCUGGAGCCAGAAGGGGGGAGUCUGGCAGGCCUACCAGGGGGGAAAGCUGAGGGGCGAGGGCCACGCGCUGGCCAGCGGACAUCACAUCAGACCUGGGGGAGUCCUCAUACUGGGGCAGGAGCAGGAUUCCCUCGGGGGAGGAUUUGACUCAUCCCAGGCUCUGGUUGGAGAGUUGUCUCAGGUGGGCCUCUGGGACCGGGUCCUGUCCUCGAGCCAGGUGGCCAGCUUGGCUCGCUGUGGCAGAGUCGCCCAGGGGAGCGUGGCCCCCUGGACGGAGAGCGGGGUUAGGGUUUAUGGCGGAGCCAGCAAGGACCCGGGGGAGCCGUGUGCUAAACACAGCAGGAGCUCUCAGUGACGGACAGGGAGCGGCUUUGAGGAGAGGGAUGCGAGAGAAAGGCCUGGAUGGGGGGUAAAGCUGUAGCCAUUUGAAAACACAAGGAUUCCAUCUGUCCAAUGUUAGCACUGCUACGAGACGCUCUCACCAACUCUGUGGCAUUGGACUGACAAGAGGGUAAAUAAUGGAAAUGCUGGGUUAACGUAUCUGUCCAGCACUUAGUGAUUAAAUAGCUAAGAAGCUUCCAUUAGCAAUAUCUUAAUUAAAGGUUUUAAAUUAUUUAAAUUUUCCGACCAGGUCGUGCACCGUUAAACACUUUAAAACACAACACAAGAAAGUGUGAAGGUACUUAAAGGCACAUUUUGUGAUUGGAUAGAGUCAGGCUGGAGCUGUAUAACCUGGCUUUAGAUUCCCCAGAACGGUAGCAUUAUAAGUAUUUAACUUGACAAGAAGGCAAUUGAGUUUUUGUUAUUGAUAAUAAACUUUUUUUAAAUUACUCAGAUUAGAGCAGAAAAUCAAAACUGUGCAGAAAUGAGCUGAGGCUGUAAUAAAUUCAAAGAGCUGUUCCCAGCUGUUGCAGCCUGCGAGCUCUUGACCUCCACCACAGCUGCCAUAAGUUGAGCCAGCUGAUAUCCCUCCGUGACCAGCGGGCGCAGACUGGAGUUAAUUAAGGGCUGUUAAAGCUUUACAGUUGGGAGUCAAGGUAAGGUGAUGAAAAAUGUUGCAGCAAGUGGAGGGAAUGUUAAACAGGCGUAGAUGACGAAAGAGAGAGGAAAGAGGAGGGAAAGUCGGAUGGAUCGGGCUCUUGUUUGGAGCGAUGCUACAUUGUUUUCACCUCUGCAUGAGUUAUUCAUAUACUUGUAAUGUCUUGCCACUGCGAUGUGUCGCUCACCAGUUUCACAGAGGAGGACAGUGCCUCAUGAAUCAACGCCUUGGCGGCUGUACUUUCUGUUCGUGUACGAAGGCCUGAGGGUCUCUUUUGUUCUGUAAAUGAGCUACGGAACAAAUCUAAAACAAGUCAUGUAAUCCCUAAGGAAAACAGAAUGGUGCAUCUCCACAUUUCUUGACAAUCUUCUGGCCCAUUUAUGUCAUUCUGCAAAGAAACGUUCGGCUUUUUCUUGGAGUAAAGUUUAAAUUCACGAUCUUCAUUCACAAUUUUACUUUCAGAUCAUCAUGAUUCACCCACAGUUGUGAAUAUCGACUGUUUUACACAUGCAACCACUCAACAAACUGUCACCUCCAGCUUUUACAAGCUGAGUUGUACAGUAUGUUUGCAUCCAGUCUGAUCGUCUUGUUUUUUGUUUUUUACUGCAAACACAUCAGACAGUUAUUCUCAUCUGUUCUAUGACACAUGCUGUUCGGUACAGAUUGUUCAUUUCAACAUUUCUUGCUCACAGCAUAAAAAAUAAUCCUUAGUGGAAAGUGCCUGUCAGGGUGUUUGUACCCAUGUAAACAAAUCAUCAAACGCAUCCUACCGAUGAAAAAAUUCUCACUGUGAGAUAUUUUGAACUCAUUAAGCAUCAGUGUCUCUGUGGAUUCCCCCGGUGGUUUUGUUUUUAGGAUUUAAGGGGUUUGACAAAACAUUUGAAAUCGCAGACGCAGGACUUAAAGCUGAUGCUGAAUCAGGCCAAAAAUAAUCUCGGGUGCUUUGAUGAUGCCUCUGAGUCUGCAGUGUUAUGAUCAAUAUAUAUGCCUGGUGUCUGUUCAGCUCGUGUCAGAGCUUUUUGGGGCUUUUUGAUAGUGGUGCAGCAUUUUUACGUUCAUGAUUAUUGAAACUGAAGCUUUCUAACUCUUAUCGGCAACGUUUGUCUUUUCUUACAUGACUAUUCAGUUUGUUUUUUUUACUGUAUGCAUCGGAUUCUGUCUAUUUUCAUGUUGUUGUUUGUGUAAAUAUUGUGCGUCUGUGUCUUGUACGGUGUUGUACUGUUCUGAAUAUGAGUCGUGUGCAAACCUCCAAUCUUUAAUAAAGUCUUAAUUUUUAGACGUAAA